UGAUGGUUCUGCUGGUGGCUUCUUCUUGGGCAUUAAGUACGCAGUUCAGUAAAACAACAUUAAACAUCAAUCCGAAGCAUUUUUAUGCUCCUUAUUUUCUUGUCUGGUUCAAUACCAAUUUCAUGAUUUUAUGCUAUAUAGUAUAUAUUAUUUUCAAUAUGAUAAGGAAGAGCUCACGUGAGUGCAUCAGGAAACUACAUAGGGAAGCAAUGUUGAUCUAUGGUGAAAGAGGAAUGCGAAUAAAGACUUUCUUGAAACGUACUUCGAUUUUUCUUUUUUUCUGGAUUGCUGCUAAUUACUCAUAUUCUCAAUCGCUUGGUCAUAUAUCUGCAAGUGCAACCUCUUGUAUAGUGAGUUGCAAUGUUGCUCUCGUAUGCAUACUUGGUUGGAUCAUACUUAAAGAUCGUUUCAUACCAUUUCAGCUAAUAUCCAUAGCGGCAUGUAUUGGUGGCGUUGUCCUAAUGGCUAUGGAUAAACAUUUCGUCGGUAACACUUUGGGAGUGAUCCUCUCUUUGAAUGCGGCUGUUAUGGCUGCUUGCUAUAAGGUAUUUUUUAAAAAAAUAAUUGGAAACGCCACAAUUGGUCAAGUUGCCAUAUUCAUGUCUGGAUUAGGCUUAUUAAAUCUUAGCCUUAGUUCCGCAAUUACAGUUCUGCUCAUCGCCUUUAAAUUGGAACUAUUUGUGCCGUCCAUGUUGCCUUGGCUUUCUCUAAUCACUACGGCAAUGCUCUCACUAGUCAGUGGUACUUCAAAAGUCAUUUUAAUUACAGUUUUCAACUUUACGGUCAAUUUUGGAAUUGCUCUUACACAUCCUCUGAUUAUUUCUAUUGGCAUGCUUCUCGGCCUACCUCUAAGCACAGGUAUGUUUUAUUAUUUUUCCUCUAAAUGCAUGGAAAUUAUUUUUCUUUCAAAAAUUUGUCAUUCAAUAAAUAGGCAAUCAAUGUUCGAAAUCUUCGAAAAUGGACAAAAAUUGUUAAAAAAAUUGAAAU